AUGGAAACCGAAUCCAGGAUCCGUUCCGUGGCAAAGCGACAACAGCGAAGUAAUGUUACACAUGAGAUGAUAACAAAUGAUGGUUCGGCAUCAUUAAUAAGAAAGCGGCCUCGUGGAGAAAAUACAGAUCUCAACAGUGAUGAUGUUCUUUCAGGCACAGUUCUCCAUAAUAAAGUGGAUGCCCAAUUGCUUUCAUGGCUGUUUGAGUGUCAUCGCAUACUUCGAGCGGCUAAUCCACCAUAUGAAGUAGACUCUUCUUUUAUAAAAGAAUUGCUCAGUCCCCGUUAUUUAAAGAGUAGUCUUACUGGAGUCCAACAAAUGACAGGUUGUCUGCUUUCGGAUAUUGUACGGUUAAGUAAUGUUUCUGAAAUUGUAGAUAGCAGACAUCCACUGCCAUUUGAUAGUAAACACGCGGAUGAUAUUUUAACGUGUCUUGCCUCUCCUUUUGAACAAGUAACACGUGGUGAGGCUCUGUUAAAGACAUGUGAUCACAUUAUUGAGCGAGCAAGUAUUUCACAUAUCUUCCUAUAUAUUAUUCCACAGUGUCGACAACCAGUACAAGGACGUCUUACAGCUAUUUUUAAAGCUGUUCAACAGGCUAGAGGAAAUUCUGGAGUAACAGAUACAGCAGUAAGUGAUAAUAAUAAUAAUAACAAUAACAGUACAGCCAUUACUGCGAUCACAGCAGCAGAAAUGGGAAGAGUUCUUGUUGAUAUUCUUAAUGCGACAAACUCCAUUACACCAGAACAGCUAGCUCCACUUUUAAAAGAGAUUACUGCCGCUUCCCCUAUAUUACUACGCCAUACAGGAGUUAAUCGUAACUCUGGUGUUGGAAAUACUACCAACAGCAAUACCAAUGAUAAUGGUAACAAUAACAACAAUAGUGCUAUUGCUAAUGCUGCACGGAAGAAGGGUCGAUCACCUGGGGCUAUGAUCGCCGCUCGUGUUCUUUUAGAACAAAUAGAUGUUAUUCAACCUGCUAUCGCUAGUUAUAUUGCUGAUAUGAUGGAACAUGGUUGUGGUGAGUUGACUGCAGCAGAUCUUGCCAGUGAAGAAGAUAUAGAGGCAAGAAGGCGUGGACUGCGUGAUGUUGGUCGAGCGAUGGAAUCUCUAGUCGCCAUGAUGGAAUUACAUGUGGAUCUCGUUGGUCAAUUAAUACCAGUGUUAACACCAUACUUGGAUCACGAAAAGUCUGAUAUCCGUCUACUGUUACUACGUGGUUUCUUUAUGGCCUUUGGGGCGCAUGAGUCUGCUGUCACUGUCUAUCGCUCCGCCUUUCUCGCACUCCUCGUACGCUUUAACGACACCAAACAUACAUUGCGUAUAGAGAUGCUGCAAUUAACCGCCAGUGCCAUUCGUGCCUCUACACAAAUCUCCGUUGCACUCACAGAAGAACGAGUUCGGGAUUUAUUGCCAUAUGUGGAGCAACGACUUUUGGAUCCACAUGCGUUAGUACGUCGUGCGGCUGUAAUGGCCUAUGGUGAUAUUAUGAUGACUGCAUCUUCUUAUAUUACUUCGGAAAGAGUAGAAAAGACACUUGGACUGCGUGUGGCGGAUAAAAACCUCAAAGUUCGUCAAACUGCUGUUGAGCAACUUUGUAGUAUUUAUCAGAAACAACUUUUUCCAUGGAUUCCAACAGCGAUUAUGCAAUGUCUUAAUGCUGAGGGUGGUGUGACUCUUUUAGAGUCGACAUUUGAAAUGUUACUUCCUCCUCCUAAUAAGAUUAUGGGAACAGAUACAUCAUUAAAUAAUUCCAACACCUCUCGAUUAAGUAGUGGUGGUGGUGGUGGUAGACGUUCUGCACGGUCAAGUAUGGCAUUAUUUGAUUUUGAAAAGGAAAGUGCCACAAAGGAACGUACAUAUGUGGAUGGUUUCGCUAAAUUAUGUGCUCAUUUAAAUACAUGGAGUUUUAACAGAUUACUUACAUUUGCAGCGAAGAAAUCACAAUUACGAUUAACUAUUUUACGUCUAUUUCAAUUACGUGCAGAAGUACGUAAUAAAGAUCUAAAGUCUUCAGAAGGUCAAGAAAUGAUUAAUAAUAUUCAUCGUCUUCUUAGUUUUUUACAAACGAUAACGCAUGCAGAACGAGGAGAAUGGGAUAUUUUAUUUCGUGCAAAAGAUGAUAGGGUUUCCAAAGCAUUUUUAAGCAGUUGUGCUGAUGGACUCCUUCGUUAUGCAACUGAACGUGAAUCUCUUAUUAAGACGUUAAAAGGUCGUGUGGAUGGAUCUGUGUUAAAGUUUGUGCAAGAUUCCUUGUCAAAGCAAAUGAUGCUUCCAUUAGAAGUGGAACACUUGGAAGAGUUAAUGACACGACUGCGAGAAGCCCUUCGUGGGGCCUGUGAUAAUAAUGAGCAAGCAACAAGUAUAGAUAGUGAAGUCCAAUGUGAAGUAGAAGGUUUAAUGCGUACAUUCCUCGUAUUUGGACGAACCGCACCAUCAUUUCUACCACGAUGUGCUUUAUCUCUGGUGGAAUUUCUGGAAGUAUUGUGUAAGAGUAGUAAUCCAAACAUUCCUUCUUCAUGGGUACUUCUUCUUUUACAGUGCCUUACCGAAUGGGCCAGUUAUGCAAGUAAACGUACAGAACAAAAUAUGAAACCCACCGUUCAAGAUAUGACGGCUAUUACAGAUAUUGCCACACAUAAGAAAAAUCUCUUAACCAUGUUGGGGAAACUUUGUACUUGUAAUCAUGAAUUCCUUUUCCGUCAUACACCUCCAAAGAUGGUGGGGGCGGUGUGUAAACAGGCAGCUCGAUGUUUUAUGAAUCUUCUUACAGUGAAUGGUCUGCGUGAUCACAAAGCAUUAAGUCAAUUAAUUGAAGCUCUGCGUAAUCGAAUUGGUAAUAAAGCAUCUCCAGUACUCUGUGAUACGGUUGGAUGGUUAAAAUCAUUAACAGCAUUCGCCAAGGAUCGUGCUGCGGCCCCACUUUUGCAAGAGGAAUUAUUGUUGAGUAAUAUUACGAAACUCCUAUUUACUGCUAUACAAGAUGAUACGGAAACGCAAGAUGCUGCAAAAGUGAAGACAAAGGGAAAAGAGUUACUCCCUUUUUCAUUAGCAGCAACCGUUGUAGAUGCUGCGGCGAAGUGUUUGACUGCUAUUACACUAAGUUACACAGAUGAUCGAGCUUCAAGUAUUAUUACCUCAACACUCAAUACUUUGUUGGGUGCGUAUAAGAUGUUGAGUGAACGUGAUGCCUACACAGUUGGUGCCUGCCGUCGCCGUCUCUCGAUUAACCAACAGUUAUCAAAACUUAUUAUUCGCCCAUCAUCUGAUAUUGGGAAAGAACUUGCUGUGGCGGUGAUUCUCUCUGCUGAGGAUGAGGUAAUGGUAAGACGUCCAGUACAGCAGAAACUUACAUUUCAUAUUUUGCAGAAUCAUUCAGAUAUGCGGUAUGUAGCAUUUCUCCUUCUCAGUGUUAUUGCUGAGGAAACGAAGAGUGGUUAUCAGCAACUACGUAUGUUAGUACAACAAGUAGGUGAUCAUCUCCGAUCUAAACAAGUCACAUCGGGAGCAACUCUAUCAUCCCCGAAUGCGCUUAGUUGUUUUCUUGAAUAUACUAUACCAUUCUUAGUGCUUUUUAUGGCACAUCAUACUUUUUACAACAGUGAACAGGAGAAUCACUUUGUUGCCUAUCAACGUGUUUGGCAUCUUCUUUUUGAUGAACUUUUUCGACAUGGCACACAGUGUGCAAGUUUUCUGGUGGAAUUAUUUAGCCGCAUUAAACAAUCGGAUGAUGUACUGGAUCGAAAUAGCCACACGAUACGUAUUCUCUGUGAUCUUGGCAGUCGUGUAUUGCAGGAGUGUUUGGGCCAGCGGCAAAUUGGGGCGGAGGCGCUGAAGCGAUAUCCCGGCCGUGUGCUGCUGCCGACCUUCUUUGUGCCCUCACCCACCGCCGCGGAGGCCCUCACGACAAUUUAUUUGGAUGAUAAAAUACACAUCUCCGCACACGUCCCUUUUCGUCCGCCUGCCACCAACACAAUAACAACAACAACAACAACCACCACAACUGCAGGCCCUGCGACCUCUCCGGGGAAAACAGGAAUGCCGGCGGGAAUGGGUGGGGAAACAACACUUUCGGUGGUGCGCAGUGUGGGUGAGAGUGAGGCCUUUUUAUUGCCGCCGCUCCUGCAGCAGCGCGUGGAUCGCAUGUUGGAGACACUCGUGGGAUCCAUGACGCAGGAGGAUAUUGCAAAUGUGCCGUGGUCUCUUGUGAAGCAGCGAUUGCGGGAAACGAUACUGGACGGCAAGAGAGUGGACAGAAAUAACGAGAGUGACGAGGAAGAAGAUGUGAACGAGGAAGAAGAAGAAGAAGAGGUGGAUGAGGCGGAUGUUAUGGGGUACGCCAAGGAACAGUUGAGACUUCUCUACGAAAAGGCACCACCACAGUAA